GCAGGAUUGAUCCAGCAGCAGUAGAUCCAUCCCGGCCUGCAGGGGGAUCAGAGCUCAAUCCCUCUCUCUCCUCCUCACACAGUCAUGGCUGACAGAGCUCAGGAGCAGAGACUCGGGUAAUUUUACACAUAUGGACGCUUGGCGGAUUUGAGAGGUUUGUGCUUCAGAUGAAUAUGAAGGCGACGGCGAUCUUAGGCGGACUUCGCAGGUUAAAUCGGUCGGGAGAGCGGAGGCUCUGAUGCUGGCACCAUCACUGUGAAAUAAACACAGGCUCAUUCGGAGAAUCCAGCAGGCCAACCAAAGCUCUACAGAAGCUGUCAAAAUGUCUAAAAGCAAGAGCUCUGAAUCUGUUAAGGUGGUGGUGCGUUGUCGCCCCAUGAAUGAGAAAGAGCGAGUCGCUAACUUCAAUAGAGUGGUAUCUGUGGAUGUGAAGUUAGGGCAAGUGGCAGUGUGCAACCCUCGAGGUGCAUCUUCCCAUGAGCACCCAAAAGUGUUCACUUUUGAUUCUGUCUAUGACUGGAAUUCAAAGCAGAUGGAGCUCUACGACGAGACUUUCCGCCCGUUAGUGGACUCUGUACUGUUUGGCUUCAAUGGGACCAUCUUUGCAUAUGGCCAGACUGGCACUGGAAAGACUUACACAAUGGAAGGGGUACGAAACGACCCGGAAAGAAGGGGUGUGAUCCCAAACUCAUUUGAACACAUUUUCACACACAUCUCCCGCUCUCAGAACCAGCAGUACUUGGUCAGGGCUUCAUAUUUGGAGAUUUAUCAGGAGGAGAUCAGAGACCUUUUGUCAAAGGACCAAGCACGUCGUUUGGAACUCAAAGAGCGACCAGACACAGGUGUCUAUGUUAAAGACCUGUCUUCGUUUGUCACUAAAAGUGUUCGUGAGAUUGAGCAUGUGAUGAAUGUGGGGAACCAGAACCGCUCAGUUGGUGCAACAAACAUGAAUGAACACAGUUCUCGCUCUCAUGCCAUCUUCGUCAUCACCAUUGAGUGCAGUGAGUUGGGUCCUGACGGAGAGAACCAUAUUCGAGUUGGGAAGCUUAACCUUGUUGACCUGGCAGGAAGUGAAAGACAGACCAAAACCGGUGCUCAAGGUGAACGCUUAAAAGAAGCCACUAAAAUCAAUCUCUCCUUGUCAGCUUUGGGAAACGUCAUCUCAGCGUUGGUGGAUGGAAGAAGCACCCAUAUCCCGUACCGUGACUCUAAGCUUACAAGACUUCUUCAAGACUCCUUGGGUGGAAACGCCCGAACGGUUAUGGUGGCCAACAUUGGACCAGCUUCCUACAAUGUAGAGGAGACUCUAACGACGCUACGCUAUGCAAACCGCGCCAAAAACAUCAAGAACAAACCCCGUGUCAAUGAAGACCCCAAGGAUGCCCUUCUUCGGGAGUUUCAGGAGGAGAUUGCCCGCUUGAAAGAACAGUUGGAGAAAAGGUCUGGAAGGAAGAGGAGGAGAAGGAGGAGAAGAAGGGUUGGAGAAGGAGGAGAGGAGUUUGAGGAUGGGGAGGAUGAAGAGGAUGAUGAUGAUGAUGAUGAAGACGAAGAGGAAGGAGUGGAUGCAGAUAAGAACAUUGCAGAUUAUUGGCAUGAGCAACAGGAGAAGCUGGAGAAGGAGAGGAGAGCCAUCAUGGAGGACCACAGUCUGGUGGCAGAGGAGAAACAGCGGCUGCUGAAGGAGAAGGAGAGGAAGAUGACUGACCUGCACAAAGAGAAAGAGGCAUCAGAGAUGCUGACAGCCAAAGUUAAGGCCAUGGAGAGCAAGCUGCUGGUAGGAGGAAAGAACAUAGUGGACCACACCAACGAGCAGCAGAAGGUUCUGGAGCUGAAGAGACAGGAGAUCGCAGAACAGAAAAGGCGGGAAAGGGAGAUGAAGCAAGAGAUGGAGUGUCGUGACGAGGAGACACUGGAGCUAAAAGAGACGUACAGUUCACUGCAGCAGGAAGUUGACAUCAAGACCAAGAAACUGAAAAAGCUCUUUUCCAAGCUUCAGUCUGUAAAGUCAGAGAUUCAGGAUGCCCAGGAUGAGCACGUGAAAUACAGACAGGAACUGGAACAGACUCAGAAUGAACUGACCAGAGAACUUAAACUCAAACACUUAAUCAUAGAGAACUUCAUCCCAAUGGAGGAGAAGAACAAGAUUGUAACAAGAGCCACAUUUGAUGAAGAAGACGAUCUCUGGAAAAUGACCCCCAUCACCCGUAUACAAAAUGAUCAUCAGAUGAUGAAAAGGCCUGUUUCUGCAGUGGGCUACAGACGGCCUCUGAGUCAGCAUGCCCGUAUGGCCAUGUUGAUGCGGCCUGAUGUCAGAUACAAGGCUGAGAAUAUCUUGCUGCUGGAGCUGGAUUUGCCCUCCCGGACCACAAAAGACUACGAGGGGCCAGUGAUCGCACCUAAAGUAGCUGCAGCUCUGGAGGACGCUCUGAGGGAGGAGGACGAAAUCCAGGUGGACGCCUCUGGUUUUCAUGCCAGCCUGGGCUCUAGUCCAGGCCUCAGUGCCUCAGCUGCUGGCUUUUCCAAGAAACCAAAGUCAGGCCGUCCAAAAACAGGCAAGAAGGUGAGCACUCCAACUUCAGCCCAUAGCCCUCUGUCCGGCUCAGGGUCUCCUCUUUACCCACAAUCCCGAGGCCUUGUGCCUAAGUGACACCGGCCCUCUGUGAAAACCUUCACUGCCCCAAACAAACUGACAUGCUUCAACAUUAUUGUCCAGACAUAAAACGUCACAUUAAAGAUGGUGGGAAUGUCUCAUCGAGUUAUUUAAACCCAUCAAUUUAAGGCUUGAGCUUUCAAACUACCUUAUUUGUUGAUGUCCCUGACAUCCUGUUUUUAUUGCACAAAAAAUGACAUUUGGCAACCUUCAAAGUCUUACAGUUGAACAACGAAGCUUCGCAGAUGUAAGCGAAAUGUUCCGAUGUUACAUGUUUGGUGUGUGUGAGCUCAUCGAGACAGCAGAUGGUCUCUGGAUUGUGAUAUGCCAUUGUGGGGAUGUAAUCUUGUGUGUGUGUAUUUACAUUUUCCAAUUCUAGGAUUAACAAAUUUCUUACACGGAGUAGCUGAUCUUGAGAUUCAUGCUGGUUCGGGCCACAAAAGCACUGUAUUGUUUGACUAGAGUGAGUAAACACAUUACGUCAUUGGCCAAGACCCCAAACAGCCUCUAAGCCUUUCCGGAAGAGUCUCUUUGGCUAAAAAAACAGGUUAUUGAACAGCAUUUUCAGCGCUGUAUUCAGUAGAGGGGUUUAAAAGUCAUCACAUAUUAAGAAUAUCAGGGUUCCAGGGUGCCUUAGAUUCUCAUCGAGUGUUGAAGUGGGUUUCAUGCUGGUCUGAGAGUCCCUUGACCUGAUUGCUGGAUCCACGUCAAAGCUCCUGUUGAUGUUUUCUAAAAGGAACACUAUACUUUGUUUGGAAAUAGGCUCAUUUAUGUCUCUAGAGUUAAACUGUUAAGUUUUACCAUUUUUGUAUCCAUUCAGCCGGGUCUGGUGGCAGCAUUUUUAGCAUAGCUCAGCAUAAAUCAUUGAAUCGGAUUAGACCAUUAGCAUCCAGCACAAAAACAAAAAAAGUUUCAAUAAUUAUUCUAUUUUAAGCUUGACUCUUCUGCAGUGCUAAGAUGGAAAGAAAUGAAGUGCUAUAUUCUAAGUGAUGAUGGCUAGGAUCUGCACUGUCAUUCUGGAGUAAUAAUCAAGAAACCUGAUGACAUAACGAAGCGCUGUUACCUUUUCGCCUAACUGGGGACUUUUUAGGUGCUGUAAAAUAUCAUAUUGACCCAGAAAAUUGCUUCUUUAAAAUUUCCGUCAGUCUAGUACACAAGAGUCAAGUUUUAAAUGGGAAAAUUAUCCAGAAUUUUUUUAUAAUUUUUUUUGGAGUGAAAUGCUAAUGGUCUAAUCGGAUUCAAUGAUCUAUGCUAAGCUAAGCUAAAAGACCAUUUGGAGAUCAGCGGAAUGGAUACAAACAUGGUAAAACUCAACUGUUUAACUCCAGGGGACUGAAUACAAUUUUAAAAUUAGCCUAUUUCCCCCCAAAAAAUGAAUGUUCCUUUAAAGCAGCGUAACACGCCAUGAACGUGUUGUGUUGGUCAGGCUUGUGUUUAAUGUUCAAAUGUGACACACAGACCUGUAAGCUGUGGAUGCUUGUUUCUGCCAUUGAAUAAACACAAAAAAGAUAAUUGUGAUGUUUUAUCGUAUAAUAAGUUAAUCUAAAAGUAUUUUUAUUUGGAUUGUUAAUAAAUGCAGCUUAGGGUUAUAAACUUCAGUGGAAAAAGUGGAAGUGGGAGAUUUAAGCUGGAAAUUACAAGCAGUAGCAGUUGACUACUUGCUAUUCCGUAUUUUCCUCUGGAUUACCUGGUUGCUUUAAAUUUUUAAGCGGAAUCAAAAAAACCUCAUGAGUCAUUGAACUUCAUAUGAUGUUAAACUGAUUUAAAACAGCUUGCUCAACUUUUAAAAUUGAGUUAACUUAGUUUAAAAAGUUACAAUGAACUAAAAACAUAUGCUGGCUGGACUAAUCGAUCAUAUAAUUUUUUUACAGUGCGGUUAUUUUUUUUCUUUAUGCUAUUUAAAAAUAAAAAGUCACAACUCUAAGUCAAAGAUGCUCAGUUCCGAUUCUCAGUUCUUCGUAAAAUGUCAGAACAGAAUUGUGAGAUUAAUUGUAUGGUUAUGUUUUUAAAAUUGACAACUUUCUAUUCCGUAUUUUCUUCUGGAUUAUCUGGUUGCUUUAAAUUUUUAAGCAGAAUCAAAUUAACUUCAUGAGUCCAUUGAACUUUAUAUGAUGUUAAACUGACUUAAAACAGCUUGCUCAACUUUUAAAAUUAGGCUAGAACAUGAUUUACUUAGUUAAAGUUACAAUGAACUAAAAACAUGCUGGCAGGACUAAUCGAUCAUAUAAUUUUUUAUUUUUUUUUUUAUUUUUUUUUACAGUGCGGUUAUUUUUUUCUUUAUGCUAUUUAAAAAUAAAAAGUCACAACUCCAAGUCAAAGAUGGUUAAAUUUAAAUCUUGAAACAGCUUAGCAAUUGAGCAUUCUGACAUUAUUAUCCUUUAGAGUUCCACAAAUAUUUUACUUGCAAAUUCUCACAAUCUAGGCUCUCAAAAAUUUAGAGAAAUUUAAAAAAAAUCAUAGGAAAGAAUAUUUGUUUUUGCUGAACUGAAGGUAAAAUUCAGAAUUGCUAGAUUAAAAACGUUUUCUUGCAAAUUAGUUUUUUUUAAUCCCCUCAGAAUUGCAAAACUACAAUAUAAAAUUGCAAAACCGAUUCUCAGUUCUUCGUAAAAUGUCAGAACAGAAUUGUGAGAUUAAUUGUAUGUUUAUGUUUUUAAAAUUGACAACUUUCUAUUCCGUAUUUUCCUCUGGAUUACCUGGUUGCUUUAAUUUUUAAGCUGAAUCAAAUUAACCUCAUGAGUCCAUUGAACUCUAAGACAAAGGAGGUUAAAUUUAAAUCUUGAAACGGCUUAAAAAUUGAGCAUUCUAACAUUAUUUCCCCUUAGAGUUCCACAAAUAUUUUACUUGCAAAUUCUUACAAUAUAGGCUUUCAAAAAUGUUGAAAGAAUAUAUAUUUUUAAGCUGGAUGAAGGGAAAAUCUGGCUUUUUACAUGUCAGAAAGAAACAAUAUUUGUUUUGCUGAACUGAAGGGACAUUUUGAGAAUUGUGAUUCUCUGCAAACUCGCAGCUAUCUUUUUUUCUGUUCUAUGGUGGAAAUGUGCUUUCAUAGUAAACGGGUUUGACUAAAGUCUUAUUUCUGUCUGUUGAACUUGACUACCCCUCCUUGAACUAGUGAACCAUUGCCUGCUGCUACUGUAGGGUUCUUUUACCCCUCGUGACUAAACAUAAGGUUUAUGAGAGACAGGUUCGUAAAUAAAUCUGCAUUAUCAUUGCAGUUGUAUUUAAAAUAAUAGUAAAUACAGUCUUAUAGGAACAUUUAAGAUGCUUAACUUAUUACCAUACUAGUCGGUUUUAUAUUAAAACAAUUGUAGAUAGUUUAUAACGGUCUCAUUUUCUUUGCUUAGAUUUAUAUGGUUUAUUUUUUUGAAUAUGUAUUAUUUAAAGUUGUGUACAAAUUUAUUUUUGCAUAUGAGAUUUAAAUAUCAUUUUCACUCAAUUCACUGUUACUUCAAUCGGUAAAUGUACAGCUUUUGGAUUGUCAGAAUGUGUACUGUAAAUCCUAAUGCUGGUAUUCUCAUUGAAAUUUUUCCUCACUUAAAUGUGCAUUAUCUAAUCAAUAUUCAUGUCAAUAUUAUUGAAUACACCUCUAGUCGCUAUUAUUUUAAGUUUUAGCAUGACAUUAAACAUCUAAAGCAUUUAAAGACUCAAUGAAACUAUGUCUGCGCUUUAAUUCUACAUGUUCACCUUCCAUGUGAUGCAUGAUUUCAGUGCUGAUAAACAUCCAUGCUGAGAAAACCGAUGUUUUUUUUUCUACUAAAAUGUUUUCAAAUCUGUGAGUUUAGUAUGCAAAUGUCUUCAAUGUUUAACUGUCUUUUAAUUAAAGGAUAAUAAUUAUCA